AACGGUGUCAUUUCUCUUACAAUUUCUGUAAACCCUCGAUUCUUUAUUAAGUCUAAAUUUCGUUGUUUAAAUUCUGCAAGAAAGGCAGAAAAAUAAAAGUGUAUGGUAGUUAGGAAUUCGAUUAUCAAAUUUGGUUAGUUCGUUGUAUUUUCUAAUAGAAUAUUUAAACUGUUCUGUGGUGGUAAAUUGAAAUAUUGUGGCUAUUUUUCUGUUUAAGAAUAGGCCUGGGCCUGUCUCACGUACAUUGUUUCUUUUAGGAUGUCGAAAAGAUUAUCAAAUUUGGACGUUUCGUGCCAAGCAAAGAGCUUGGACAAGUCUAGCAUCGUUUAUGAUAAUCUAGUAAACAUCGUCCCAUAGUCAUAAUCCUUGCAGUACAUGUACUUACUGGGCCACAAUGGCUACAAUACGUUGUGUGCAUUAUCAACCGGAUCGUUUGACCUUUGAAUAGCAGUACCCAUCGUGCUCUGAAGACCCAUACGUCCGUGCCACGGUGCAGUGAACUGAUACUGAUAGGACUUUUGCCAAUUUCUAUCAUUCAUUGUUUAACUGUACCCUGGGGUCUCUCUAAAAAAGUAAAAUGCCAGGUCCUCAAAUCGACUACCGGCGUGUUGCUCGCGCGGCUGCCGCAACAGCUCUCGGCUUGCCCAUAGUAGGGGCGGUCUACCUCCGCCUGAAGUACGGGCCGACUCUAGCCGAUGACAUCGUGAAGUUGUACCAUAGCUAUCAGGUGCUGAAACGCCUACAAAACUUGCAGAAAAACAACUUCUUCAUGGUGGAUUUCUUCGAGUUGCGAGCGAAGGAGACACCGGAUAAACCGUUCCUGCUCUACCGUGACGACUCGUUCACAUACGGGGAGGUGGACGGGGAAGGCAACAAGCUGGCGCGGUUCAUGAUGAGUCAGGGUGGACUUGGUUGUAAGGACUCCGCAGCAAUCCUGAUGCUGAAUGACCCUGGAUUCAUCAUUAGCUGGUUGGCCUUCAGCAAACUGGGAGUCAAGACAGCUUUCUUGAACUACAACCUGAAGGGUCGGGCCUUACUGCACUGCAUCAAGGCUUGUAAGGUCAAAGCUAUCAUGUGUGGGAAAGAACCACAGCUUCUGGAAGAAUUGGAGACCAUCAUGCCGGACAUUCUGGACCUCGGGAUCAAGGUGUGGGUCCUAGGCGAGGUCAGCGAGCGCCCUCUGUCCUCAGGAAUGACCCAGGUCCAGACAUGGAACGAGCGGAGCGAUCCGAUUCCAAGGAGCGUUCGAGAUGGAAUCACAGCCAACGAUGUGUCAGUGUACAUCUUUACCUCAGGGACAACAGGUUUCCCGAAGCCAGCUAAGUUAUCCCAUUAUCGGUCGUGUGGUGGCAGUGCAGUUAUGUCGAUGCAGGCCGAGCUGGAACCUUCGGAUAUCUUUUACGUCACCCUGCCGCUCUACCACAGCAUGGCGUUCGGGAUGGGGCUCAUGACGACAAUAUUUACAGGCUGCACUAUCGCACUGGGAACGUUCUCUCCCAAGACUUACUGGGAUGAGGUCCGCAAGUAUCGAGCCAAUGUCAUCCUGUACAUCGGGGAGAUCUGCCGCUACCUUCUCGCUCAACCACUGCGACCUGACGAUGGCAAGUAUGAGCAAACGAUCAAGGCAGCUAUCGGCCUCGGGUUGCGACCGGACAUUUGGCGGGAGUUUGAGAAGCGUUUCAAUGUUGAGCAGAUCUAUGAGAUGUAUGGAGCUACGGAAUGCCCGUUCAUGAGCGUGAAUACUGAGGAUAAAGUAGGCAGCGUUGGCAGGCAUGGUGGUUUCUUGAAGGCGUUGAGUAACGUCCUCGAGAUUGUCAAGUGUGACAUCGAAACAGCUGAGCCGAUCCGUGAUGCUAACGGGAAGUGCAUCCUUGCUGAUCCAGGUGAGACAGGUCUCUUGGUCACCAAGGUGGAUGAUCUAUAUCAUUUCGACGGCUACAUGGCGGACAAGAAGACCAAUGAGAAGAAACUGGUCCGUAAUGUCAAGAAGAUUGGAGACGUGUACUUCAACAGCGGGGAUCUGAUGAUGGCUGAUAAGGAGGGAUACCUGUAUUUCAGGGACAGACUCGGCGAUACUUUUAGAUGGAAAGGUGAGAAUGUUGCAACGACAGAGGUCGCCGAAAUGCUGAGCGCAUUUCCCGCCAUUGCAGAGUGCAAUGUCUACGGCGUUCUUGUUCCAGGGCAAGAGGGCAGGGCAGGCAUGGCGGCUUUGAAACUCAGCAAAGACCACAACUUCGACCCCAAGGAUCUACACGACUACAUCACCAAAGUCCUGCCCCUUUACGCAUGCCCGAAAUUCCUACGCAUCACCGAGGAGAUCUCCACGACAACGACCUUUAAACACAAAAAGGUCGAGCUGGCCAAAGAAGGGUUUGACCUUAAUGUCAUCUCUGACCCACUGUACUUUCUGGACGCGGACAAGAAGACCUACGUGCCUCUCAAUAAUGACGUCAUGCGGCGGAUUCUGAUUGGCCAGGCCAGACUUUGAAAGACUAGUUGACUCAGGGGUAUUCGAAACCAUGGCUUUUUUUCCAGCUCUGACAUCAAGCUAAAUUUAACCUCUUACCCGGGGAACUCCAGCUCAUAUGGAUACAUUUUUGCUGCAGGAAUGGCGAUUUUAUCAUAGAGGCAAUUUUGUUAAGGUUUUGAGUAUGUCAAUUUUACUGUAACAUUAAAGGCUUUUAUUCGGGAGCAAGCGAUGAUGCCAAAGCUAGAGAAAAGACCAGCGUAAAAAAAAUCCUAGAUUUAUAAACAAAAUAGACAUCCUAUCAACAAUCCAACUCAAUCAUAAUCAUAAUCAUAAUCAUCAUUUCUUUUAUGUAAUGUAACAUCACCGAAAUCUAUCGGCGCUGCGAACGUGAUUGAGGGCGCCAUCUAAUAGAAACACUCUUUCAAAAUUGUUAUUUAAUUUGUAAAAAAAAGUGACGCACAAAAAAACCUUUAUCAAUAGCUAUAGCUCGCUAUUAAAAUAUUGUUUAUUUUAUAAUGAUUAGCAAUAAUCAAUUUACUCUUGUAGAUGAUCACAAUGCGACAAAAUACGUACUCUACCUGCUGCAGCUGAUGCGAUUGGGAGACCAGUUAAUUUACGGGUUCCUUGGGUGCGCUACAAAAACAACGCAGUGCAACUUUCGAACUUUUGUUUGUUCAUGUUGGUAUUGGCUCCUGUAAAAAAAAUCCUUAAUACAGCAUAUGAAAACACGAAAAACAUUUUUUUUUUAUAGUUAAGGGCGAAUCAUCCUGCAUAUUGUAUAUCACUGAAUUAUUUCAUGACAAAAUUGGGUAUGGAUUCAAUACUAAAUUUUCCAUCAAAUUAAAAAAGCACAUAAAAUAUAUA